GGCGCCAGCGGGGCCGGCCCGGCGCGGCGGUGACUGCGGAGCCUGCCCGUCCGGGGGACGCCCCCGCCCGCUCCUCCUCGUCGUCGUCCUCGUCGUCGUCGUCGUGGUCGUCCUCCCGCGGAGGCAGAGCGCGUCGCGCAGGCCCCCCCAGGAGCAGGACGAAUGUAUGACAACAUGUCCACGAUGGUGUAUCUAAAGGAAGACAAGUUGGAGAAGCUGACGCAAGAUGAAAUUAUUUCGAAGACAAAGCAAGUUAUUCAGGGACUGGAGGCGCUGAAGAAUGAACACAAUUCCAUCUUGCAGAGUUUACUCGAAACCCUCAAAUGUUUGAAGAAAGAUGACGAAAGUAAUCUGGUGGAAGAGAAAUCAAACAUGAUUCGGAAAUCGCUGGAAAUGCUGGAGCUUGGACUGAGCGAGGCGCAGGUAAUGAUGGCUUUGUCAAAUCACCUAAAUGCCGUUGAAUCGGAGAAACAGAAAUUGCGUGCUCAGGUGCGCCGGUUGUGCCAGGAAAAUCAGUGGCUGCGGGACGAGUUAGCUAACACACAACAGAAAUUACAAAAGAGUGAACAAUCUGUGGCUCAGUUGGAGGAAGAAAAGAAACAUCUGGAAUUCAUGAAUCAGUUGAAAAAAUAUGAUGACGAUAUUUCUCCAUCAGAGGACAAAGACACUGAUUCUACCAAAGAACCUCUGGAUGACCUCUUCCCCAAUGACGAAGAUGAUCAAGGACAAGGAAUCCAACAGCAGCAUAGCAGUGCAGCGGCCGCUGCCCAGCAAGGUGGCUAUGAAAUUCCUGCCAGAUUACGGACCCUUCAUAACCUUGUCAUCCAGUAUGCUUCCCAAGGUCGAUAUGAGGUCGCCGUACCCCUCUGCAAACAAGCCCUGGAAGAUCUAGAGAAGACUUCUGGACACGAUCACCCAGAUGUGGCCACGAUGCUGAACAUACUGGCCUUGGUGUACAGGGAUCAGAACAAAUACAAAGAUGCAGCUAACCUACUGAAUGAUGCCUUGGCUAUUCGUGAAAAGACAUUGGGCAAAGACCACCCAGCGGUGGCCGCAACACUGAAUAAUCUUGCAGUGCUCUAUGGUAAAAGAGGGAAGUACAAGGAAGCUGAGCCUUUGUGUAAGAGAGCUCUGGAGAUCAGAGAAAAGGUUUUGGGGAAGGAUCACCCGGAUGUUGCCAAGCAGUUAAAUAACUUGGCCUUAUUAUGCCAGAAUCAGGGCAAAUAUGAGGAGGUGGAAUAUUAUUAUCAACGAGCACUUGAGAUCUACCAAACCAAACUGGGACCUGAUGACCCUAAUGUGGCGAAGACGAAAAAUAAUCUGGCAUCCUGCUAUUUGAAGCAAGGCAAAUUUAAACAAGCGGAAACUCUGUAUAAGGAGAUCCUAACUCGUGCGCAUGAAAGGGAAUUUGGCUCUGUAGAUGAUGAGAACAAACCCAUUUGGAUGCAUGCUGAAGAGCGGGAAGAGUGCAAAGGAAAGCAGAAGGAUGGAACGUCUUUUGGAGAAUACGGUGGCUGGUACAAAGCCUGCAAAGUUGACAGUCCAACGGUGACAACUACUUUAAAGAACCUUGGGGCACUUUACAGGCGCCAAGGCAAGUUUGAGGCGGCUGAAACGUUAGAGGAAGCGGCAAUGAGGUCUCGCAAACAGGGUCUCGACAAUGCUCACAAACAGAGAGUAGCCGAGGUGCUGAACGACCCUGAGAGCAUCGAGAAAAGGCGGAGCCGAGAGAGCCUCAACGUUGACGUGGUAAAGUACGAGAGUGGCCCUGACGGAGGAGAGGAAGUGAGUAUGAGCGUAGAGUGGAACGGGGAUGGCACUGGAUCUUUAAAACGCAGUGGUUCCUUUAGCAAACUCCGGGCUUCCAUUAGACGCAGCAGUGAGAAGCUGGUUAGAAAGCUGAAGGGAGGAAGUUCACGAGAGAGUGAACCAAAGAAUCCUGGCAUGAAGCGUGCCAGUUCUCUGAAUGUUCUUAACAUGGGCGGCAAGGCUGCUGAAGACCCUUUUCAAGAACGAAAUAAAUCUCUGACAGACUCGAGAGUCCUGAGUGCCAGUCAAAGUGACUUGGCUCACUAGGGCUCUUGGAGAGACGCUAGCUAAAACUCCCUGCCAACACAGCGCCCUGAGCCUCUCGCCCUCCAGUUCCUCAUCUCGGGGCGGAACGGCAUUCUAGACUCUAGACUCCUGAGCACCGGAUGGCCAUUUUUCCUUUUCAGACCAGCAUAUUUUUAAUUUUAGUAGUAGUACGUAGUUCCUUUCCUUAAAGAGAUUCCCUCUUUGAGUUCUGCUUCACCAGGCCAGCUGCUCUCCACGCCGCUCCCAUUGAAACCUGAACUAACCGAUCUGAGUAGUGAAGACCCACAGAAGUCUCUAGCCAACAUUUAAAAACUACCCAGUCCCCAAGGAAUAUCGAGGGGGGCUAGAUUUCCCACCCACCGCAGCCCAGAUGGAAAAGACGCGCCGUAAAUGGAGGCGGGGGCUCUCCAGAGGACUGUUUGAACUGCGGGAGUUUUCUGCCGCAGAUGGUUAUGGUCUUUGAAACGCUCGUCGGUGCGGCUUCCAUCCCCCGCUUCUCAAAUGAAAUGAGUCCCAUGCGUUCGCUGGGUAUGAGAGAGUGCAGAACGUGGUGCCUCAAGACCGGCUUGGGGAUAUGCAGAGGUGGAGUUUGGAGGGAGGAGGCCGUUAGGGAGACCCACGGGAGGAACCCAGAUCUGUGGAGCUAGAGUUCGGCACCAGAUUGAGAGAGAGAGAGAGAAAGAGGUUGCAACUUGUCACUUCAUCUUUUCUCUUUAUAGAAAACUUCUGUCUGAUGUCCUGUAAACUGCAGACGGCCAAAACGGCAGUUACAGAACAGAAAAACAGAAGGCUACUGGUUUUAUCGGCAAGCCGACACACUAAAGUUUAGCAGCAUCUCAUUUGAUGAGGACUAGGUUAAAAAAGAGAGAAAAAGGCUUGGCUUGAUAGAGGGAACGGAUUAUAACCAGCCUCACUGUGACAUUUUGUGAAUUUUUUUCAUGUAGACUCAUUGUAGUUCAAUGAGGUAGCCAGAGACUUACUUGAAAUCUGUUUACUAAGGUGGCUUCUAAAAAAAAAACAACAACCAAAGUGGUUUGGGUUGGUUAUGUAGUGUAGAGCUAUGUUCCAAGCAUACAUUCCAAGUGCUUAGUACAGUGCUCUGCACAUAGAAAGUGCUCAAUAAAUACUAUUGAAUGAAUGAAUAAAUAGAGCUGUUGUAGGCCCCGCUAAAAAUGAUGUUGCUGCUAAUAUGUGGUUUACUUUUAAGGUAGAGUAGAGCACUUUAUUGAGGAGAGCCCCAAGAGAGCAAAUUAUUUUUAGUUCACAAGUAUACUAUACUAGUCUUUUCAAGAGUUAACUGAUGUUAAACACUAUUUUAACCUCACUUAUAAACUGUCUAACCUUGUUAUACAAAGAUUAUAUGUUCAUGGGUAUGUGUGUGUGUGUAUAUACAUAUAUAUAAAUUCGGUUAGACAUAUACACACCCAGACAUACUAAAUAAAACCUAAGCUGUUCAUCUUGUACAAGCAGAUUCCAUGGAAAUGUUGCUAUUGAAACAGGAAGGUUGACAUUGGUGGUGGUCAUUAAUUUUCGAUUCCAGUGGUCAUCUCAGAAGAUGACGAUCUUGUCCAGCUCUCUUUGCUACUUGUUAGAGACCUGGAACUCCGAUUCCAACUAGAUUUUUGCUUCAAAGUCUUCGGGGGCCCCGGACCCAGUUUUUCAGAAGUGGGAAAGGGGAACUGGGUUCCCCUAGAUUGGCUCUCUGAUAGCAAUUCUCCAAGCAUUUCUAAUGUGCAAAGUCACCGUUAAUGUCGAUAGGAACGAUGCACUUGAAGAAGGCGCUUUGGGACCGACACGCCAGAAAAGCACCCGAGGUAGGGGCUGACGGCUGGCAGAGAAGUAACGGGGGGUGGAAUGAGUUCCCGAGGGGCCCGGCGCAGAGCAGCUAGGGGGUACCUGGUGGAGAACAACCAGAGGAAGCCCUACCGGAGGACCCGAGUUCUGCUUCUAGCCUGGCAUCCGGUAUGGAAGGCGCUCGCCGGACGCCAGAGGUUUAAACCCAUGAUGCCAGCACUCAACAGAUACUGCAACGAACCGGCAUUCUGCCGAAUCUGCCCAGAUUCCUUCCCCACCUCCUAGCGACCAAUGGAGCCUGCCCAGUCAGCAUGUCUCCCGACAGAAGUUACCCACCGAGUGGAGCCCCAGUGGGAGGUGUGCGUCACUGAGCCGGGGCCCGUUCUCCAGAGAAUGGAUCCGCUAAAGGGAAUCUGGGACCCAACGGAGUCACCUGUCUGGUUUUGGCAAAAGGCUCUGGGAAGCUUUUUUUUUUAAAUUAGAGAAUUUUUACCGUGUUUAGGGUGAACGUAGAAGGCUGGAAAAGCGGAGCUGCCGGCCAGGUUAGCUGAGAAGGGCGGGGGCGAUCGGAUUGGGAUCGGGGUAUCUGAUAUCUGAUAAGGUUGAGUUAUUAAGUGGUUUUGGUAACUAGGUCAGGAAGCUGCUAAGAGUAUUUCAUCAUAGGUCAAUUUGUAUAGGAAUAUCAGGAGGUCUCAAUGAUAAUGUUUACAGCUUAGGGGGAAAGAAAUGUUUUACACUGUAUGCACAGGUCAGAAACUAGCUUAGGCGUGAGGUGACUGUGAAACUUUGCACUUACUGUUUUCAACGCACCAACAUCUUCUAGAGGGAGCGAUAAUGUGCACUAGAACCCUUAAAAGUCAGAAGACUUGCUCUGCCCCCUACCCAGGCAAAAACGGCCAAGGUGGAGAGGGCUGAAAUCCACUCUAUAGGAGGUUCUUAGGGAGGGAGUCGGCUAAAUUUGCCCAAACUCCCAUUCAGUCUAUAGCAUCUCCUUCCACCCCUUCAAGAAGAGCAUUUUGGGGGGCCUGUAAGGGAGACUCAAGCUGAAAUGAAAACUAGCGUAUUCUGCCUCCAUCCCCGUCAGCCAGGGUAGGAAGUUUAUUCAAUAACAAAUGCAUAUCUACCCGUGUUAGUGUUUAAGUCUAAUAUUCCUUAGACUCCCAAGUGUUGGUAUAAAAUUUUUUAUUUUGUUCAUCUCUCGUAAGACAGGUAGCAAAUCCCACAGUGAAUAGCCAGAGGGUAAACUGGUCUCUUCUUAAAAACGGAAGCAGCUUAUUCUAUCUGCACUUUCCCCAGUCAGCAGUGUCAAAGCUGAGCAUUAAUGGUUUUGUGCCGUGCAGUGUGUGUUCCGUUUCCAGACGCCUGCCUUAGAUGUCUACUACCUGCUUAAUUUGUUGGAGAGGUGGUUUAUCUGUGAGCUUUUGAACCCAUUUGCCUAAGUAACCAAUUUGCAGUUCUUGCUGCAUUGCAAAAAAUAAACAGAUUUGGUUUUCUAGA